GCCGUGGCCACCGGAUAGAACAGAAACUCGCUGCGCUCUCAUUCAAUCCUGUCUGUUAUUGCUAAUGCUCUUCUUCCGGUUUCAACAAUGGCAGCCCUGUUGGAACCAGCGUUGUUCUUCAACAUGACCCCAUUUCUCACCUCCAGAAGCUCUCAGUUUAAUGAGAUUCACCUCCCAAACUUACAUUCCAAACCAAUUGUCAUUACCACUUGCUGUGCAUCCACUCCACCUUUUCUGUCGUCUUCUACUCUUCCUGAAGAUGCUUACCCAGAACCAUUAAAUAACUCCCCGGACCGAACCAUGGAUCGCCGUAAAGUCGUCCGACUAGCGUGGGAAAAGCUGGUUAGGUGGUCUCGUUCUUGGCGGUCCAAGGCUAAGACCGACAUCCUUGAGCGCACCAAUAAGGUUUCCUUUCUCUUUUUGGCUUAUUAGAGAAUUUUGGGUUCGCUUAUCUUGUGCAUUUCUCUUAAAUACAACCAGGGUUUAGGA